AUGGUUUCUCUUCUUCGUACCACCGGUCGCUCGCGGGCGAUUCUUCCUCGCGUGAAUCCUUACGCAGCCUCAAGGGUACCAACGGCGCUCAAUAGACGAUAUGCUACCGCAGCCGCCGCGGUCGCUACAGACAGCGGAGAGCAGUCGUUCUUUCCCGACGAGCCCAAGCAGCCAACUGUAAAGACACAGAUUCCUGGGCCCAACAGCCAAAAGGCUAUUGAGAAACUUGGCAAGGUGUUUGAUAUCCGAAGCUUGAACAUGAUGGCCGACUAUUCACGAAGCUACGGCAACUAUAUCGCCGACCUCGAUGGCAACGUGCUUCUCGAUGUAUACGCCCAGAUUGCCUCUAUCCCCGUUGGCUACAACAACCCGUCUCUUCUUCUCGCAGCCACCUCCCCAGAAAUGGCCUCAGCCAUCAUCAACCGACCCGCACUCGGAAACUUCCCUCAACACGACUGGGCCGACAUUCUCGAAAGCGGCAUCCUCUCCGUAGCACCCAAAGGCCUCAACCAAGUCUUCACCGCCCAAGCCGGUUCCGACGCCAAUGAGCUCGCCUACAAAGCCGCCUUCAUGUGGAAGCGUCAACAGCAACGUGGCGGCGCCGACGUCGACUUCUCCGCCGAAGACAUCGCCUCCUCGAUGAACAACAAAUCCCCCGGUGCGCCCGACAUGUCUAUCCUCAGCUUCAAAACCGGAUUCCACGGCCGCCUCUUCGGCAGUCUCUCCACCACCCGCUCAAAGCCCAUCCACAAACUCGACAUCCCAGCCUUUGACUGGCCCCAAGCCCCCUUCCCCCAACUCAAGUACCCACUCUCCGAACACGAAGCCGAAAACCGACGCGAAGAGCAGCGCUGUCUCGACGAAACAGAAGAACUCCUCCAAAACUACCACAACAAGCCCGUCGCCGCCGUCGUCGAACCCGUCCAAUCCGAAGGCGGCGACAACCACGCUACCCCCUUCUUCUUCCAGGGACUUCGCGAAAUCACCAAAAAACACAACGUCCUCCUCAUCGUCGACGAAGUCCAAACCGGCGUCGGCGCAACAGGCAAAUUCUGGGCCCACGAGCACUGGGGCCUCGCUUCCCCACCGGACAUUGUUACCUUUUCCAAGAAAGCGCAGACGGCGGGUUAUUAUUUCGGCAACGAUGAGUUGAGGCCCAAUAAACCGUAUCGUCAGUUUAACACGUGGAUGGGUGAUCCCGCGCGCGCCAUCUUGUUCCGCGCUAUCAUCCAGGAGAUUCGGCGGUUGGAUUUGGUCAACAGUACCGCCGCCACCGGUGACUAUCUUUUCAGUGGAUUGGAGAGGCUGGCGGAGAGGUAUCCGAGUGAGAUUCAGAAUCUGCGCGGAAAGGGUCAGGGCACUUUUAUUGCGUUUGAUAGUGGUAGGAGGGAUGAGGUGUUGAAGAAGGCCAAGGGCCAAGGGGUGAAUAUCGGGGGGUCAGGGGAGAAGGCCGUCAGGUUACGGCCCAUGCUUAUUUUCCAGAAGCAGCAUGCGGAUUUGUUGCUGGAGAGGUUGGAGAAUGUGUUUAGGGAGUAG